CAUUGUUAAACAGCGCGACGCCGGGUAGAUAUAAAAGGAGUGAGCGAGUGAGUGCGAGUAUUAGGAGACAACAGGUGAUAGAAGUCACACCAAACAAGCGAAGCAUGGAGUUCUUGAAAGUCCUCGUGGUUUUGUUCGUAGUUUUUCACGGUUCACUCUCGAAGCCUAUUGGUUCUGAUGAUGAGCUACGUGUCAUUGCCGGACAACUAGAGAGACUCGUAGGAAGCUUACGGCGGCUUGUAGAUUAUGUGGAUAUGCCAGAGUACUCGAUGAGCGAUACUGAAGCAAGAAGCGAGUCUACGUUAGAAUACCCUAUCCCAGGAACCAAAUUGUUGGGGAAGCUGUUGAUGCCAUACUUCCGCAGUUUCCCAGAUGGACCAUAUACAUCGGAGAUGUCUUUAACACAACACAACAUUGUGGCAAAGUUGAGUGCAUGGUACAGAAGUGAUCAAAUGAUGUUCAGAGAACGGGCUUUCGACAACAUUGCGGAGGAGCUCUUGAAUGCCCAUUUCCAGUGCGCAACUACAAAACUCAACCAAAUAGUUUUCUAUGUUUUGAAGAACAAAGCACACGAGAUGACGGAGAAUGACCUGAACAUGAAUGUUCGCGUGAGGAAGAUUCUCAAGAGCUGGAUGGAUACAUCCAAUGUGGAUAAUGUCGCACAGGAAAUUGUUUUAGCAGCGCAGAAACAAACUUACGGGGAGAUCAUUGAUCAUAUUGCAUAUUUCCAAUUGGAAGAUAUCCUGGAAUUCCUAGGGAAAAUAAAAAUGCUCAUGAGGAGAGCUGAGCAGAAUAAAUGGUCCCCAGUCAUGUUCGAUGAGAAACUAAAUCAACUUUUGACAGACCAUGAAUUUGUGUUUGAAUGUCCGAGUAUGGACGAUCUAUGGAGAUUCCACCUCGAAAUUGCCAGCCGUUUUCAGGAAAGAUUUCCUAUCACCAAACCUUUAACGGAGACCAAAGUCUGGCUGAGGGAAGUUCUACCCACAUACAUAACUACGGACGCCACCCCAGCCAUUACUGCCAUCAUCCAAGUGUACAAGGACUACGUCAAGUCGGUCAUGUCCCAAUUCAAGGAAGUGGAGAACCACAUGAUCAACGGAAAUACAGCUGACAUCGCAAACUUUAUGUCUAAAUAUCUUGCACCACAUCAACUCCAAUAUCUGCGAUCCGUCUUUGAAUUCCUUAAUACUAGGGAUACCAGCAACGUCAUGAAAAUAGAAGAAUUGGGAAAUCCCCGGCAAUCUUACAGAUGCACAGAAUUCAACGGAAGGUGUAAUUGAGACAUCAGGCAUAUCGACAAGUGAAAUACAAUCUGUGAAAUCGCCUGAACAUUUUCUAAUGCAUUCAAACUUCAUAAGUUUUGAAAAAUAAAAUAUCAAAAAUGA